AUGGAGCGGCUCUUGUGGGUGCUGUUGUCGGUGUGUUUGGCGGCCGCGGAGCCCAGCGUCAGCCCGUGGUACCAGGAUCUCUGCAGCUACAAAUGGGAGGCCAUAGACCAAGAUAAGAGCGUUGGCUACAGUCUGAAGCUCUGCGAGUCUUCUCCAAACACCAGCUGUGGACCAGAGGCUGCAGUGUGUGCCCACAACCACACCACCAACACAAACCACACCAUCGGUAAUAUUUCCCAAGCCAAGGUCUCUGGUUAUGUGUUUGACUUCAAUACAACCGAGCAAUGUCCAGGAAGCAACAACAACUUCCAAGCCAGUAUCAGCUUCCAGUGUGGAAAAACAAUGGGGACCCCAGAGUUUGUGGCUUCAGCGCAGUGUGUGCACUACUUUGAGUGGAGAACUUAUGCGGCCUGCAAAAAAGACACAUUCAAACCCCACAAAGAGGUUCCUUGUUAUGUGUUUGGCGCUAAGGGCAAACAUGAUCUGAACCCUCUGAUCAAAGUCACCAGUGGUUAUCUGGUGGACGACGGAGACGACAACGUGGACUUCUACAUCAACAUCUGCCGCAGCCUCGAUCUUCCGGAAAGAUCAUGUCCACAGGGCUCAGCCGCCUGCCUCGUCACCCAGCAGGGGGCCUUUGACAUGGGCUCACCCACAGCACGACUAGAACUGCUUCCCAACGACAGACUUCGGUUACAGUAUGUGGCGGCGGGACCACCUCCUGAGAUGUGUAACCAGCACGCUCCAACUGUCAACGUCACCUUCAUUUGUCCAUCAAGCAGAAAUCCGGGCAGUCCUCCGAAGAUGGUAGCGGAGACAAACUGCCGCUACGAGGUGGAGUGGGUGACGGAAUACGCCUGUCACCGGGAUUAUCUGGAGAGCCACAGCUGCAAACUCACCAGCCAACAACACGACAUCUCCAUAGACCUGUCGCAACUCACCAGGGCCUCCACCGAUCUCCCAUAUCAUGCCUUUUCUGGAAAGGAAGGCGGGUCUGAAAGCUAUGAUUUUUAUCUGAACGUUUGCGGCCCAGUCCAGACCGAGGAGUGCGGAAAGGACGGGUUCAUAUCGUCCUGUCAGGUGAAGAGAAGCGGCAACAUCCAGAAAGUGGCCGGCAGAUACCAAAACCAGACUCUACGUUACUCGGAUGGAGACUUGACUCUAAUAUAUCCAGAUGGCUCCAAGUGUUCCUCAGGCUUUCAGAGGAUGACCAUGAUCAACUUUGAAUGCAACAAGAAUAUUACUGGGGUGGGUAACCCUGUGUACGCCGGAGAGACGGACUGCACUUAUUACUUUGACUGGGACACGCCUUACGCCUGCAUCAAGGAGAAGGAGGACCUGAUGUGUCGCGUUCUGGAUGACAAAAAACAUUAUGACCUCUCACCGCUCACUCGGUUCCCAGAGUCUGAUGCAGCCGAUAACUGGGAGCUGGUAGACGCCAAAGCAUCAGACGCAGAAUCAAAACGUUUCUACCUCAAUGUAUGUCACAAAAUAAUCCAGACGGGAGGAGCUGCCGGCUGCCCUGAGGAUGCUGCGGUCUGUGCCAAAGACAAAAACAAUAAAACAAUUAGCCUGGGAAGAUUCCUUUCUUCACCACAAAAAACUAAAAUUGAAAAUGACCUUCGUCUGGUUUACACCGACGGAGACAUCUGCAGACUGAACACCAGGAUCCAGACCAUUUUAACUCUCAAGUGCAAACCCGGAGACUUGGAGAGCGCUCCUGUCCUCCGCAGCAUUUCUUCAGGAGGUUGUGUUUACGAGCUGGAGUGGUACACGGCCGCCGCCUGCGUCCUUUCCAAGACUCAAGGAGACAAUUGUAAAGUUGAGGAUCCAAAAGCCGGAUUCACCUUUGACCUAUCACCGCUUUCCAAACCCAAUGCUGGUUACUAUAACUUGACCAACGGGAAGUACGACUAUUACAUCAACGUGUGCAGCCCAGUCACUGCUGCCACGUGUCCUGCAAAGGCCGGGGCGUGUCAGUCCGACAAAAGUAGUUCCAGUUGGAGUCUUGGCGAGGCAAACUCACGCUUGUCCUACUACGAUGGUUUGAUCCAACUCACCUACAUCAACGGCUUCCAGUACAACAACAAACAGCACACCCUGCGAUCCACGCUCAUCUCCUUCCUCUGUGACCCCCAGGCUGGAGUGGGAAAGCCCGAAUAUCAAGUUGAGGACGAUUACACGUACAACUUCCGCUGGUACACGUCUUACGCUUGUCCUGAAACCCCACAUGAGUGUUUGGUGACGGACCCCGUCUCUCUGCAGCAGUACGACUUAUCCAGCUUGUCUCGCUCUUCUGCGAGUGGGAACUGGGUGGAGAUGGACCUGACGGAUCCAGCGAGUCGUAAGAAAUACUACAUCAACGUGUGUCGCCCUAUUAACCCGGUCCAGGGCUGUGACCGCCACGCGUCCGUGUGCCAGAUGAAGUAUACCAUGGAGGAGGGCUUUCUAAAAGAAGUCGUAUCCGUCAGUAACAUGGGUGUUUCCAAACGAGGGCCCAUCAUCGAGGCUCCAGACCGGCUUCUGCUGGAGUUCACUGAAGGCUCAGAGUGCAUUUCUGACGGCGUCAAACUCAAUCACACCACGCACAUUCACCUGGUGUGCUACAAAGGCACAGUGGCAAAAGGACCUCGCUUUAUGAUUUUUGAGAAUUGCGUCGCUAAGUUUAUCUGGGAAACGAGAGCUGCCUGUGCCAUUAAAACCACUACUUCUAAUAGCUGUUCUGUUUUGGACCCAAACACUGGCUUUGAGUUCAACCUCCAGCCUCUUGCGUUUAAAACUGGUUACACAACUAAUGCAAAUGGCAAGGACUUCAUUGUGAAUAUCUGCUCAGACGUGGCCCAGUGUGGUGCGGGUAUGGCUGGAUGUGAGCUGGAAAAGGACCAGCCUGUGAGUCCAGUUGGAGUUGAGAAGACUUUACAAUACUCCAGUGAUGGUCUGCUAUCUCUCACGUACAAGGGGAAACUAGACGAGCACACAGCCACCCGGGACACCUUUGCCAUUAACUUUGUAUGUAAUCGAAGUGCUCACCCUGGCUUUUUGAAACUGGUUCAUGAGGAUUUGAGCACCACGGCCAACCAUGUGGUCCACGACGUCCUGUUCGAGUUCUCCACUGCCCUGGCCUGUGUCCCCGCUCCAGUUAGCUGCCGGAUUAGCGAUUCUAAAGGAAAUGAAUACGACCUCAGUCACCUGGCUCGAGAUAAGGAAGACAGUCCCUGGAUUCCUAUCGACACAGAAGGAGGAAAAUCUCGCUCGUUUUACAUAAGCGUCUGCAAACCACUGCCUCCAAUAAAAAACUGUCCCAUGGGUCCUUUGGGAGCCUGUGCUGUGAUGGACGGGGUGAGCCACAACCUGGGGUACAUCCAGUCUGUUCCACAAGUGGCAGAGGACGGCUCCAUCAGCAUUGUGUACCAGAACGGAGACAAGUGCGGAGAGGCCUCGCAGUAUUCCACACGCAUCAUCUUCCAAUGUGACGACCGUCCAGACUCCCCCAUGUUCGACCGCACUGAUGGCUGUGAAUAUGUCUUUGUUUGGAGAACCGCAGAGGCCUGCCCCAUCCGGAAGGUGCAGGGCGAAGACUGCCGUGUCCUGGACCCUAAAAGUGGUUAUGAGUUCAACCUGAGCUCGCUGAUGGGCAGAGACUACUCCAUGGUAAAUGGCAAAUACACAUAUUUUCUGUCCAUCUGUGGAGGGAUUCAAAAAGAAGUCUGUGCCCACAACCCCAACGGUGACGCCGUCUCCUCUUGUCAAGUCGACGGACCCAACCAUAAAAUUGCUGGAUUGGAAAGCCAAGUUUUGACCUAUGUUGACGAUCAAAUCAUAUUGAACUACACCAACGGAGAGACAUGUCAUAAAAUCUAUCGAAGGACCACCAAGGUUUACUUCUCCUGUGAUCCAAGCAAAGAUCCAGGAACGCCACAGUUUAUAAAUGAGACUCCGGAUUGCACCUACAUGUUCAACUGGCCGACUGCGCUGGCCUGCAUCCCUGUCAAGACCACCAGCUGCUCCUACAACGAUGGACAGGGCCACUCCUAUGACCUCUCUUCUUUGGCGAUGACCACUGAGAACUGGGAGGCUGCGCACCGAACGGGGGGCACUGAGAGAUUUUACAUCAAUGUCUGCAGAUCUCUGGUGAAGCAGGGAGCCUUGUGGAAGUGCCCAUCUUCUGCUGCCUCUUGCAUGAGGAGUGGAGACCAGUAUGUGAAUUUGGGGCAGGUGUCGUCCCCUCCCACUAUGGAAAAAAAUAUUCUGAAGCUGCGCUACACCAACGGCCAGAUCUGCCCUGACGGACAUCGCCACCGCUCCUCCACAAUCAACCUGCAGUGUGACAAGGACAGAGUGGACUCUCUGCCGUCUCUCAUCUCUGUCAUCGAGGAUUGUGAGUACACCUUCCACUGGCUCACCGCUGCUGCCUGCCCUUUGGACACAACACAGGAGGACGGUUGUAAGGUCACCAACCCCUCCACAGGUUAUCUGUUUGACCUGAAUUCAUUGACAAAAGCUGGAGGAUACACGGUGCGUGAUUCAGAAGAUCACAGUAAAUCAUUUCAAGUCAACGUGUGCGGAGAGAUUGCCAGCUCUGGGUGUAAACAAGGAUCAGCUGUUUGCAUUAAAGAUGGCAGCAGUAGUGUGAGCGGUGGCGAGCUCAGCAAGAAACUCUUGUAUAAGAAUGGGAUUUUAGAGCUGAAAUAUGAAGGAGGGGAUACUUGCUCAGCCAACAGUGCCCUAAAACACAGCACUAUCAUCCAGUUUAUCUGCAAGCCUUCACUCAGCAAGGCUGUUCCAGAAAUAGCUUUGAUCGAGUCCCACGCAGACACCUGCACCCACUACUUCUCCUUCCACACCCCCCUCGUCUGUGAGCACCUGGUGUCCUGUGAAGUACAGAACGGCCCGUCUCUCAUUGACCUCACGCCUCUGAUCCACUGGAAUGGUUAUUACACUGCAACAGAUGAUUCCAUUGAACAAAGCGACUCGUCCCCAGAUUUCUACAUAAACAUCUGUCGACCUCUGAACCCCAUCCCAAAGGUUUCCUGUCCGACUGGAGCUGCAGUCUGUAUGGACCCUGACAAUGGACCACCGAUAGACAUUGGUCAGGAAACUAGUGGCCCUCAGUACAACGAGGCCACAAAUGAGAUCCUCAUCACUUACACCAGUGGGACCCAGUGUGCAUCCAAUCCUUCCAUGAACUACACCUCCAAAAUCAUCUUCACCUGCCAGAGAGGCCUGAAGCUGGGCUCGCCACAGAUGCUGAAGCUACAGGACUGCGUGUAUCUGUUUGAAUGGAUGACGCCUCUAGUUUGUUCCGACAGCACAAACACCAGCGGCUGCCGACUCACAGACACUCAGCUCCAGUUUACCUUUGAUCUGUCUGCAUUCUCACAGGAGGUCCAGGUAUCCAAUGGCUCCACCACAUACUACAUCAACCCCUGUGGAUCGGUGAAAGACGAGGCCUGCAGGACGAGUUCUGUGUGUGCGGUCACUGGCUCAGGCUCCACCAAAACCGCUUUGUCCUUUGGCCUCAGCAAAGCAAUGACUAUGGACUUCGAACAUGAGGAGCAAGCCAUACUCGCACAGUAUGCAGGAGGAGAUAGCUGCCCACAAGGGACCGGCAAGUACCAGUCAUCUAUACAGUUUGUCUGUGACCCCUCGGCCGGUCAGGGCUUGCCUCAGCUCAUCCGCAAAGAAACCGACUGUGCUGCUUCUUUUAAGUGGCGCACUGGUUUGGUUUGUCCUCCAAAGAAAUUGGAGUGUAGCCUGGUCAGCAGCCACCAGACCUUUGAGUUCAACAGUCUGUCCUCUCUCACAGAGCCGUGGAAGUUCACCUAUAAGGGAGAUUCGUAUUACCUCAACCUCUGUCAGGAGAUCCAUGGGGGAGUACUGGGAUGUCCUAAGGGAACCUCGGUCUGUCGCCACUUGGCCUCAGGGGUCACACAGGCUUUAGGACGGGUCGAUACACAAAAAAUGAACUACACAGAGAAGCAGAGUAAAAUAUCGGUCAGCUAUGCGGCAGGCGACGAUGUCUGUGGAAAUGGAUUGAAGGCAAGGACUGUGAUUGAGCUGACCUGUGGUCUCACUGUGGGACACCCCACAUUAACACGGUUUGAUCGGGCGAAUUGUGAGUUUGUGAUCGGUUGGGAAACCCGUUCAGCUUGUGCAGUAAAGCAGCAGGAGGUGAAAAUGGAGAACGGGACAAUCCAUGUUCCUGAGACAGCCGUGCGUCUCAGUCUGGGGGCGUUAUACUUCAGUCCCCACCAAGCUUUAGGAGACAUCCGGACAAAUGGCGAUCGCUACAUUUACCACAUCCAGCUGUCCGGCAUCACCAACAGUUCCCUGCAGAGCUGUCUCGGAGCCAACAUCUGCCAGGUCAAGCUCAACGCAGCCUUCAGGAGAAAGAUCGGCACUUCUACCCAAGCCAAAUACUAUGUCAAAGGAGGGAACUUGGAUGUGGAGGUGCUUUCUAAUUCUACUUGUGGAAAAAGAGAAAAUAAAAAGGUUUCAUCCAUCAUCAUGUUCCAAUGCAACCCGACUGCAGGGAUGGGAAAACCCGAGUUCAAGCUGGAGACCGGCGACUGCCAGUAUCUGUUCAUGUGGCACACGGAUGCCAUCUGUGGUCUGACGACCAUGGAUGCACAAACGUUUGACGGCGGCACCACAGAGUCUGUCUCUGGGCGUAGUCGGGCUGUUGCCAUCAUGCUGAUCCUGAUGCUGAUCGGGCUGACCGUCUGCCUGCUGGCGCUGGUCCUCUACAAGAGAGAGAGGAGAGAGCUGGUGAUCCAGAAGGUGGCUAGUUGCUGCAGAAGAGGCAACCCAGUAUCGUAUAAAUACUCAAAAGUGAACAUGGACGACGACGGCGGCGAGGAGGAGAUGGAGUGGCUCAUGGAGGACCUGGAAGCCACGCCCACCUUCGCUUCACACCGGGGGCGAGGGAAUCACCACGGCAACGGCCACAUCACGACAAAGCACGUGAACACAGACGGCCUGCGCUCCUUCUCCCUGGAGCAGGACGACGACAGCGAGGACGAGGUGCUGAACGUCCCCGGAGUCAGAGUGGUCAAGUCCAACGCCCGGGCGAAAAACUCCUCAGCCAAUCACAGCGCGUUCCUCCAGGAGGAGAGCGAUGAAGACCUGGUCGGGCUCCUGGACGACUCGGACCGAAGACGACAGCCGAGCAGGCCGCGCCCCUUCAGUCACGGUAACGGCACGGCGACCUCCAAUCAGAAGCAGGACGAGGAAGACAGCGACGAAGACCUACUGCGGGUGUGA